CUGGUAGUCAAAGCAGCCCCGGCUGGCCAAAGGGCAAGGGAAAGUUUGGCGCUGAAGGGGCCCCUGGGUUGGGGCUUGGCAUAGAGGGUUUGCAAGUCGCCCCCCCGUCCGCAGGAGUGGAGCUGGCGCAGUGAAUCAUGUGCAGUUCUUUCCUUAUUGCAUUCAGCGCAUGGUUUCACCUUCAGAUUCUUGUUUGUCUGUGUGUCCUUUCCCAAAUAAUAUUACCUUACGCGAACGAGGCCCUUCCCUCUGUCUGGCCAAAUUUCUGUCCUUGGUUACAUGCCGACAACCCCAUUGACAUUGAAAUUGCAGGGGUGUAACUAAGGGUGCUCGUUGCCAUCUGCUUACAGAACAUACAUGAAUAAAGUGACACCCCAGACUCUUUCGAGCAAUUGAUAGGGGAAACUUUAACCUGAGAAUGAAGAGAGAAACACUCAGCAGAACCGUAUGAUUGAAACCACAGCCCAGCCCUCUGCUGUUAGACAAGGCUUUGUCCUUUUGCCCUGUACGACCGAUGUUGCAGUAGUUCAGAUGGAUCGCAGCAAGGAGGCAGAGAUGGAAUUACGAAGAUCCUCUAGUCCCAGCAAGGUAAACAAGAGUGACAUUGAUGGAGACAAGUCCAUGUGCCACAGCUGCUGCAUCUGUGGCAAGAGUUUUCCUUUUCAGAGCUCCCUGUCUCAGCACAUGAGGAAGCACACAGGAGAGAAGCCCUAUAAAUGUCCUUACUGCGACCAUAGAGCUUCCCAAAAGGGCAAUCUGAAGAUACACAUUCGGAGUCACAGAACAGGCACUUUAAGUCAGGGGCAUGAGGUGGAGAUGGGAGAAGCACAGCUUGGAGAGAUGGGAGUCUCAGAAGGCCUUGACGGAUGCACCAGCCCCACCAAAAGUACAUCUGCCUGCAACAAGAUUCUGAACGGGGCAACUCAGGCAGACAACAGCAAGAUUUUGUUGAGAAGCAGCAAGAAGGAGCUUGUCACAGAGGCAUCACCUGCAGAAGCUGACAAGCUACCCACUUAUCAGUGCAUCUUCUGCAAAAACAAGUUUGAGAGAAAGAAAGACCUGGACCAGCACCUACAUCAAGUCCAUAAGCCGUACAAAUGCAGGCUUUGUAGCUACAUGACAUUAAGAGAAGAGACACUGUUAAACCACAUAGAGAAAGACCAUAUUACAGCUCAAAUUCCAAAUGGGGAAACUUACACCGAGAAUUGCAAGAGUGAGCUGAAUGCAGGGGAAUUUCCUUGUGAAGUCUGUGGUCAGGCCUUUAGUCAAACCUGGUUUCUCAAAGCUCACAUGAAAAAGCAUAGAGGAUCGUUUGAUCAUGGAUGCCACAUUUGUGGCAGAAGAUUUAAAGAACCCUGGUUUCUCAAAAACCACAUGAAAUCACACGGUCCAAAGACGGGGAGCAAAAACAAACCAAAAAAUGAUUUAGAGCCCAUAGCCACUAUUAAUAAUGUGAUUCAGGAGGAAACAAUUGUGACUGGCUUAUCUCUGUAUGAAGUUUGCACCAAGUGUGGGAAUCUGUUUACAAAUAUGGAAAGCCUAAAAGCACACAAUGCUGUACACUUGAGAGCUCAAAGAAGCAGUAUUGAGAACAAAGCUGAGGGGUUAAUUGAUGGAAACCUAGAUCCAUCUGUAAAUAAGCAAUUUUUCUUACAGUGCCUGAAUCUGAGGCCAGCUGUAGGGAUAGAUAGAGUUACAAAUGGACAGCCUGGAAAAAGGGUAGCUGAGCUGGAUCCAGUCAGUAGCUACCAGGCCUGGCAGCUGGCCACCAAAGGAAAAGUAGCGGAGCCUUCUGAGUAUGUUAAAUAUGUGGGAUGGGAUGAAGUCCUUGCUGAUGCAGAUGUGACUUAUGACAAGGAUAAAAGAGAAUAUAUUCUUGUCAGCCAGGAGAAGCGCAAGCGAGAUCAGGAUUCACCCAGCUCCUCCAGCAACCCCAAGAAGAAAAGCUGUGUCAGUGGGCGCUUGGAGAAGAACAGCAAUGUGCAACAAGGAGAAAACUGUAUCCUUGCCCAGGGCGACCUGGACUACAGACCCUCCUCAAGGCAGAGCAGAAGGGCAUCCCAAAACAAGUCCACCGAGUGCUUUGAGUGUGGAAAGAUUUUCCGCACCUACCACCAAAUGGUGCUCCAUUCGCGGGUGCACAGGAAAGAACGCAGGAGCUGCAGUGAGAGUGGAACCGUUGCUCAGCCAGACCGGUAUGGAUCCAGCAGUGAAGAAGGGGAUUCUGGUUCUGUUAGUGGACCAAGCACUCCAGGCUCAGCGUCUGCCCCAGAAGAUUCUGUGACCUCUGGAAUGGGUGAGGAGGGUGCUGAGGACAGCUCUGAGGAAGGAGUACCUGAACCAUCACUAGGUAAAAAGCCAUACCACUGCAGUUUUUCCGAAGAGGGGGCAAUGGUAACAUCUCAGGUAGAAGAGCUUCCUAAAUUUGGAAGUGACAAUGCCAGAGAAAAAGAUGUCAAUGAAUCUAAACCAGAGCUAUCAACUUUGGUAUCUACCCUGGAAAACAAUAUCAAACGGCCUUUUUCAAAGUAUGAAGCUCAGAGAAAUUCUUCAGACUUAAAGAUGCCAGCAUUUCAACCUAGACAAGAGCUUCCUUGCUCCAGUAGUACUGCUGACUUUGCUUCAGGAGUGGGCCAGACAUCUUUAGAUGCGGUAGUAGACUUGAAAACCUCAUUGGAAAAGCAGGCUGGUCACCCUAAAGAAAAUUUCUCAGACUUGUGCAGGGAGCACCCUGUUCUCGAAAAAGGGAGAGAGGCACAAGAAAUGGUUCCACUAGAUUUAAGUGAAAAAUCAACGAGGGCUGAUUCAUGCCAUAAGGGUUUUACCUCAUCUUUGCAGGCUGAUUUGAUUGUCCACCCAUGUCCUUACUGCAAUCAUAAGACCUAUUACCCUGAAGUCCUGUGGAUGCACAAAAAAAUUUGGCACAAAGUCAGCUGUAACUCGAUGGCUCCGCCAUGGAUUCAACAAAAUGGAUUCAAGAGUAUAAAAAACAACUUGGUUUUUCUGGCAAGAAGUGGACGCACUGGUCCUCCUCCAUCCCUUGGUGGUAAAGAAUGCCCACCUUUGCCUGUUGCCAGGUUUACACGCACUCAAGUUCCAAGUGCGUUGCCAGGAUCCAAAAGCAAUUCUUCCCCUGUUGGGAUGACUACAAAGCCUGGUAGUAUGCAUCAGUCUAAGGACAGCCAUUCGUUUGGCCACUGUGGUUCACGGUCGUCAGGUCUUGAUGGGUACAGGCAGCCCAAAUCAAACCAUACCCAGGAGCAGCACAGCAUAGCAGCACAACAACCUCAGCUUAAAGCUAAAUAUGAAGUAAACUCCAAACUGAUGCAAGCGGGAAGCUUUAGCAGAAGCCUAACACCCACCCAGACAGUCGUAUCAAGGCCCACCUCACAGCCUGCCAACAGUAAACAGGUAGAGAAGUAUAUGAUUCCCCAAGGAAGUGCUGGUUUUCACCCUUCAAGUAAGCACUGUGCAUCUGACCCAACAAAAGCCAAAUUCAACCCACCGCCUCAGUAUCACCCUCUGUGUAAAACUGAGCAGUACACUAAACAUGAAGAUCAGUCAGUGCCUCAAUGGGAAUCUCACACCAAGGCUGGGAAUGAGAUGAGGACAUUGGCAAACUGCACAACAGGAACAAGAGCGAGUCCACUAAUGCAGCCUCAGCCUAGCACAGCAGGAGCUUCUCCAGCUUUACACUCCAUCAAACAAGAACCAGCAUCAGAGGGGCACGAGAAACGUUUGGACAUUUUUUUUAAGACCUACAUUCCAAAGGACCUUGCUUCGUUGUACCAAACCUGGGGUGCCAAUAGCCCUGUGCUGGAUCAUGCAGGGAUGCUUAGGACACAAACACGCCAAGGAGACUAUGUCUGCAUAGAAUGUGGAAAAUGCUUUAACCAGCACAGUCACUUCCGGACUCAUAUGAGGUCCCACACAGUGGUAUUUGAGUCUAAUGGACUCCGAGGUACUGAAGUUCACACCACCUCCGCAGAUGCCCCAAAACAAGCUCCCAUUUAUUCCCAAUUUUAUCUUGCAGGUCACUUGAUUUUUUAGAAUAUCCCUUUCUGCUUUUCCAACAUGGGGAGAGACCAUUCCAAUGCAGAUAUUGUCCAUACAGUGCCUCUCAGAAAGGGAACCUAAAAACACAUGUACCGUGUGUGCACUGGUUACCCUUUGACAACAGCCAGUACCCUGAUCGGCAAUUCCAACAACCACAAAGUGAUGAUCCCAACAACCCUGCAGAAGAACAGCUGGAAAACUUCCCUACAAGCCAUCAAAUCUCUGGAGUCACUGUGCUAGAGUGAAAACAGUGCUCUGCUAGAAUGGAGAUGCCUCUGCACUGUUAAUCAUUUUAAAAUAAAUGAAGAUGCUACACAAGAUAUAUAUAAAUUGACGUACUAAUCAGUCCCAUGGUUCCUUAUUUCCUUUAUAAUAAACAGUGGAGUUGGCAAGCACUGUGGCAGUGCAAGGCAUCUAUAUUAAUCAAGAUAAGUUUGAGACACUGGAAUAAUUAAACUAUAUGUGAUUUGGACAGCGUGAAGAAUUUAAGUACUAUAACAAAAACCUCCCUGAUGCUCAGAAUGACUAUUUGAUACAUUUGAAAAACAGCAGUGGAUUUGGGGGCCGAACAAGUAUUAAUUAAUGAAACUGCCGCUGCUUGUCAUGAGGAAAAAUAAACUUUUAAAAAGGAGGACGGGGAGGGGGAAAGAGGUGGCAUUUGGUGCUUUGGAGAGCAAUGCUUGAUGAAGGACUAAAGAGAAGACCAUCAUUCUACAAUGGUUUGUUUCAUUACAGUUUGGGGACCACUUGCAUUUCUAAGUCUCUUGUUCUUGACUGCGCACCAUUAAUAGUAUGUGAAUAUGGAAAUUGAAACACUUCCACAGAAAUGCUUAUAUUCUGCUUUGGAAAAGAAAAAGCUGGUUGAACACUAAGAAAAAUAGGCUUUGGUGUUUUACUCUCAGGACCUUUUUUGUAACAGGGCUACUUUCUUUGACCUGAUCACAAAGGAAGUCUGCACGUUUAAAAAAAUUAUUCAGCUGUUUAAAGCCGCUGAUCUGUACGUUUUUAAUAGAGAAGGAGUCGCUGAACAAGUUCAGGCUGACCUAGGCCCUUAGGGUACUGUACGCUCCUGUAUUUUUGUUCAGCAAGCCUGUUACCCUUCCUUUCUGGGCUUGGUGACAUUUUGAAAAGAUGAGUAACUUCUUUUGUGGUGGCAGGUUAAUGUUCAUAUAAUGUGUCAUGUCUUGUACUUGGUGAUCACUGGUGGUGUUAGGAGGAAAAAAAAGAGCUUUAUAUACCUCUUCUACAGUAACUCUUUUAAAUGCAAGUUUUCAAGGUGGAGGUUGUGGCACAUAGGUUGGUAAACCAUGCAGUGUAAGCAAUUAACAAAAUGUAUUCCACAGAUAUAAAUAUUUUCUUUUCUCAUUGCUGUGACACUAUGUGUGAUGGUAAUAUUUCUGAGAGUUUCAGAUUUUGCACAUAUAAUUUUAUGCAUUAUCAAAAGUUACUGCUGCCUUGAAAGAAAAUGUUCUGUGAAAUUUUUUGCAAAAGCUUUACUAGGUGUUUUUUUUUAAUUGUAACAUUUUGUAAAGGCAGGAAAUGGAUUUAAAAAACUCGCAUGCUAAUUAUAUUUUUCAAAAAAAGCAAUAAUUUUACAUGUACAGAAAUGAUGCUAACCUUUAAUACCGGCGAGAGCAACAGUUUACUUAAUACAAUAAUGGAAUAGUGCUGUUUUUGUAGUAAAUGGGCUUCUGACACAAAGAUUUGUUUAAAAAAAAAACAAAAAACAUAAAGCGUGAUUUUUCUGUUCUAACCAUUUUUUUUGUUUGCUUGUUUUUUUGUAGGUUUUAUUUUUUUUUUUUUGGUUUGGUUUCAAACCUAGUCAAUAAUUGGUUCUGGCUAUUACUUGUUACUUGUGAAUUACUUGACAGUUCUUGUUACUUUGCAACACUUGCAAAAAUGCAAAUAUAACUUUAUGUAAUUUUUUUUUACUAAUUUUUCCUCAUACUUUUACACCAGAUGUAUAGCAGAAUUCUCUGUAGUCCUGGUGUAGUUAGGAAUGUCUGUGCAAAUACUUAUAAGUGACUGUCAUUGACUGUUUUGUAAAGUUAUUUUGAGGGAAGUCGCCAGACACAUUCCACUGUGUACACGCACACAGACACAUACACAAAAAAUUGCUGUGUGGAUUAAUGACUGAUCAUCAUUUUGGGGUUUGCACUAGCUUUUUUGGUUGCUUUCUGAGUCAUUUUUUUCUUGGAUAAAAGUAAUGAUGACAGUUCAGGAAUGCACGAAAGCUAGUUGCUUAUCUUAUUUGUUUGUGUUUUAGUUAUUAAAAUCUCUUCUGUACCCAAAAUGGCACAAAAGUGUAGUGUACAUUUGUAAUUUUUUUAAAUUUUUUUUCCUGUUUUGCAAGCUGAUACGGAAAAUCAUAGUUAAUAUUUAGAGCAAAUGUUGCUUUCUGGAACCUUUUUUCCAGAAUACCUGACAGAGAUGAGGAUAGUGCUGUCACUGCCAUUACCGGGGUACUAAUCAGCAAAGUUACAAUCAUAAUUUAGCUACAUGAAGAACAACAGUAAGGGAAAUCAGUUUAAAUAAUUAUAUGCUGUGUAUAGCACAGAAAUGAGAUUUUCACUAAAUUAAACAGGAAAUGGGAGGAGUUGGUGAGGGAAAGCCAACCUCAAAGACCAGCCACUUUCAGAUGUGAAUCAUAGGCUUUCUUGUUCUUUCUUUAUCAUUGUAUUGUAUUGAUUUUUUUAAUUCAGUUAGACCAUAGUAUUUAAAAUGUUUUGUGUUCUUUAUUUAUUUAGUUAAUUGGUUUUGAUCAGCUUUUUUAAACAGCAUGAUGAAUUUUUAGCAUGACACACUCCUGUAAGCCAUCUUCUGACUGUUACAGACUUUCUACUACCUCUACCAAUCUACUGUUUCCUCUCCUUAACAGGUUUUUACAGUGUUGCAGUCUAAUGUAACUUAGCCAAUAAAGGGUAUGAUUAUCUGUAUUGCAGAUUCUCAGUGUAUCUGCCAUCCCUCUUUUUUUCCUCUCUUUUUGCCUUUACUUUUCGUCAUACCUAAAAAAGCAGGUGACAGAUUAUCUGCCACAAUAUUUUUUCUAUAGUGAAUGUUUUAGAUUGACCAAAAUUUUGUCAGACUCAAAGUAACCUCUUCUUGAAGAUAAUCAACUAGUGUAUUGUUGUGUUUCUGUUUGCAUCCUAGAAUUCUUACUGUAAAAAAUGUAUGAAUAAAUUCUUGCAUAGUUU